AUGCAGGAGGGCGAGCUGGAGGAGCUUGAGAAGGGCGUGGAGCCUGCGUGGGAGCGCUUGGUCCACCCGCUCAAUUGCAUCGUCGACAGGCUGAACGUCGUUGACCACAUCAAGGCCGUCAAGGACUCGCCCGACCUCCGAGAAGAAGGACCUGCUGUUGAUUCCCACAGGAUGCGCCCACAACCGCCCCUGGAUCGAUGUUGCUGGAAACGCCCCUGGAUCGCUACUGCUGCAUGGAGGAGAAGCAUGCGCGCCUGGGUGGAGGAGGAGCAGGGCCUGGAGCGCUUGGGCGGAGGAGCAGCGGAGGAAGAUGGGGAUGGGGAUUUGAAAUCCCCACCUGGUUGGAAGGAUUUCGCCACCUGGUAG